UCUGGAGGUCCUUACUAUAUCCUGUCGCACUAAUGACGACCCCCACUGCUUACAAACAAACACACAAAGUUCGUAAUGUUAUCAGGAAGCAUGCUGUCCAUGGAGUUGUAGUCAACCUCCCAGGACGUGGUCGCAAGAAGAAUCUGGUUCCACCGGUUGAAAAAGCAGAUCGUUCUGCAUCUAUCCAAAAUAAAAUGACAUCUGUUUGUGAUGCCACCAAUGAAGACAAGGAAAAUGGUUCAGAGUCGACGGAGUCUCAGGACAAGGAACAUCCACGGGUUCUCAUCCCAGAGUUAUGUCGUCUUUUCUACCAACUCGGCUGGGUUACUGGGACAGGAGGAGGGCUAAGUUUGAGACGUGGAGAUCAGAUCUAUAUUGCCCCGUCUGGAGUGCAGAAGGAGAGACUACAGCCAGAUGACAUGUUUGUCUGUGAUGUGGAGGAGAGAGACAUCAGCUCCCCACCCCCCUGGAAGAAGCUGAAGAAGAGCCAGUGCACCCCUCUGUUCAUGAAUGCCUUCACUAUGAGAGCGGCGCAGGCCGUCAUCCACACCCACUCCAAGGCUGCCGUCAUGGCAACUCUGUUGUAUCCUGGCAAGGAGUUCCGCAUAACUCACCAGGAGAUGAUAAAGGGAAUCCGCAAGGGCACAUCCAGCACCAACUACAGAUAUGAUGAAAUGCUGGUGGUCCCCAUCAUUGAGAACACCCCGGAGGAGCGGGACCUGAAGGAGCGCAUGGCGCUGGCCAUGGAGCAAUACCCAGACUCCUGUGCGGUCCUCGUCCGGCGUCACGGCGUCUACGUGUGGGGGGAGUCCUGGGAGAAAGCAAAGACCAUGUGUGAAUGUUAUGACUACCUAUUUGACAUCGCCGUCCAAAUGAAGCAGAGUGGAAUGGACCCUUCAGCACCACCCAUUGAAGAGAACCAUUACUACGAUGUCCAACAAUCCCAAUAAAUGGAGGCAAACAAUCAUGGCCUAAAAUUAACACUUGCCAAAUGUGGAUUUUCCUCCAGCCGUGUCGCCGGGUGGUCAGGACCCACAGUGCAAGUAUUUCACUCGCAUUUGUGAAUAUAAAAAGUCAAGUUUGAUCACAUUUAUAGUAACAUAUAUGCUGCAGUAGCUGUUUUCAAAAUAUUUCUGCCAUUUUUGUUUCAUAGCUGGUAAUAUAUAGCCUAUUCCACCUCGCUCUGCAACACAGCUUGGCUGUGCGCACGUGAAGAGCUGAGUGAAAGAUUACAUUUUUAGAAGCGCUGUGCACAGGCAUAAAAGUUGGUCUAAUUUACUUGAAAAGAAAGUCUACUGAAGUGAAA